AUGGAGAUGCUGUCCAAAGGCGUCCCGGCAUUUCAAGUCCUGGGACCCUCCGACCGCAUCGACCUGGAGCUCUUUUUCCGUGAUCGCGAGCCCCAUGAUACCUACGACGUUCACUCAUGGGCCUGUGAGCUGUUGAAAAACAUCGAGGGUUACGACGUAUUCGUGCAGCUGGCGAGCAUUGCUCUUUACACGACAUACAUGCGGUGGAACAUUUUGCCCACCGCCACAAACUACGCUUUAAUGCCUGCAAUGAUCCGCCCGACCCAACGCCAACGAUUCAUACCCCAUCGCAUGACCAUCGAUCUCGUACCACAUGUUGUCCACAUCGAGGCCUCUAACUGUACGAAUAGUCCUGCCAUCCGUGAUGCAUUGAUCAACAGGUUCCGCGACUGGCUCUCGCCAGGUACAACGGACACGGGAGGAACCAGCGUCGGCUGGCCUUAUAGCCUCGACGCCGCGGUGGACGUGUGCCCUAUUACUGGACGCAGGAUGCUGAGCCGUGCAUUUUUUGAGCAUGCCACGAAUGGGUCCAACUGGAGUUUGGAUAAGUCUAUUCGUGCAAUGUAUCCGGAGAUCGAAGCCAUGGGCUUCAAGAUCAGGGACUGA